AUGGGAGGACGAGUAUCAACUGGGGUGUGUUGUUCGAAACACUGUCACCACUGCCUGUGCACUUCCGAUUCGUCUUCUUGUUCUUCGUCCUGUUUGCUAUCUUCGGUGCGGCCAACGUUGGGUCGGCGGAUUUUCGUAGAGAUCGCCAACCACUGGGCGCUCAACGACAAGGCAUCGCGGGAGCAGGCCGCCACUGAGAAGCGGCACAGCAGCCUCAAGAGGUUGUACCAUCUCUUCAACGACAUGGACCCGGGGGGCCACGGCACUCUGACCCUCGAAGGCAUGCACGAGGCUCUGCUCGACGAGAACAGCCACCUGGUAAGCAGUUUUCACGCGCUGGAGCUGGAGGUGACAGACGUGCGCACGCUCUUCCUGCUGCUUGACCGCGACAGGAAGGGCUUCAUCAAUUUGGAGGAGUUCUUGCUCGGCUGUUUCCGGCUGAAGGGCGAAGCCAGGACCUUGGACAUCAUGAAGCUGCAGUACCAGUGUGAGUUCAUCAUGCACAAUUUGGUCAACAUUUCCGACGUCCUGACCAGGAGGGACGCGUGCGAUACGUGGGGGGCUGCUCCGAGUCCACGUGGCUCUGGUGCGGACACUCCUGCGGGAGCUCACACCGACUUCAGGAAUUUCUCUGCCGCGGUCGUGCGCCAGCAGCUGGGCGAGGUUCUCAGGAAAAGCGGCAGCGCGGCGCAGAGCAGCGCCGCCGCAUCCUUGACAAACACGAGCCGCGAUGGCAGCGAGAGCCCUGCACCCCGCGCGUUGCGGAAUCAGAUGAGCCAGCUGAGUUUAGGCUCGCUCGUCUGA